AUGUCAAACUUCCUGGAAGCACUCCUCCAGCAUCAUCACGUCUCACCUGUUCCUGUGACCAGCUCUCCGGUCUCCAUGGACAUGAACGGCCUGUCGGUGCCCACAGAGUUCCUGUCGCGCCACAACUCAGACGGUGUCAUCACCUUCGUGGACCCGCGCUGCAUCAACGUGAUUGGCUAUCAGCCUCAGGACCUGCUGGGGAAAGACAUCCUGGAGUUCUGCCAUCCUGAGGACCAGAGUCACCUGAGAGAGAGCUUCCAGCAGGUGGUGAAGCUGAAGGGCCAGGUUCUCUCUGUCAUGUACCGCUUCAGGAUGAAGAACAGGGAGUGGAUGCUGAUCAGAACCAGCAGCUUCACCUUCCAGAAUCCCUACUCUGACGAGAUCGAGUACAUCAUCUGCACCAACACCAACGUCAAGUGG